CCAAUUCACCAACCGCCCUAGAAUAUGAGAAGCUGAUUGGCUUAUUCCAUAAACACACACUGGAGUCGAUUUUGACAUUUGCCUUCUUCGGGAAGUUUUGUGUGGAAAAAAUGUUGAGAAGUUGAAUUAACAAUGCCCGACAGUUCCUGCUGACAGACUUUUCUUUUUUUCUUUUCAUAACAACUUUUAUAACUGGACCAAAAUGCGUUUCUGUGAGUGAAGGAAUCACUUAUUAACACCUAGUGCCAGGUAACAGUUUCCAUGGCAACAUGCGUACAGGCAACAUGGAGUUCCUACAGUGGAGUUGUCAUGAUGUUGCAAGAUGGAUUGAGUCUAUAGGAUUUCCACAAUACACAGCAUGUUUCAUGGAGAACAUCAUCACUGGAAGAAAGCUCAUUUAUGUAAAUUGUGUCUACAUGCCAAGACUGGGAAUCACAGAUUUUAAAGACAUGCAGGCUAUAUCUGCUCAUGUGCGUGAGCUGCUGGGGAUUACAGAGACCAUGUGGAGCCGCAGCGUCGCUGACCCUCCGAGGGACAUUGUGGGCCUGUUCUUGGAGCAGAAGAGCCGGACAGGUGAACGGGCGGACAGUCUCACCUACCAGCAGUUCCUGGAUGACACAUGUCAGUGAGAGCUGUAAUGAGUCACAUCAGUAAAGGAGCACAGUGGAAACCAA